AUGUUUGCGCUCGCCUCUUCCCGCGCCGUCGCGUGUGCGCCCGCCGCCGUCGCGCGGGCGUCGCUACAAGCCGCUCGUCCCGCCGGCCCCGUUUCGUUCGCGGCUGUUCGGACAGCCGCUCCCAGCGCGCUGCGAUCAGACCUCGUCUCUGCUCGCCCCGCCGUCUCCUUCCUCUCGUGCUCGCUCGCAGGUCUGCGCCUCUCCCCAGAGAGCUCUGGGCGCCUGGUGUUCCCGGUGUCAAGGGGCUCUCGGCUGGUGGUGCGGGCAGGAGGCACCAGCAUUGGCUGCACCAAGCGCCACGCCUCGCGCAAGAAGCGUGCCAGAGUGUCUGGUUACCGCGCGCGUAUUGCCACCAAGGAUGGGCUCAAUGUGCUGAAGCGCCGCCGCGCCCGUGGCCAGGCGAGCGUGGCAGCGCUAGCGAAACAAAACAUCAUUGUCGACGGAUCCGUCGGUUUCGCCACCCCUACGGACGCGAGAAACUGCCUGCGCAACUUCCGCUUCCGGGCAGACCGCGACAUCCCCGCUUUAGACACAAUCAUUAACGCGCUCGACAACCAUUACGUGUACAAGCACCUCGCGGUAAAAUCACCCGACCCGAAGCUCCCGAGCGACGUGGAUAUCAUAACGUAUCUAAAGUCGAUUCGCGAAACGGCGGAGCAAGGCGAGGGAAUUAACAGUCUCCUGCGCUUCCACUCUCUUAUCUUCCGUGCGAUCGACUCGUUGAACGACGGCCAUACAUCCAUGACGAGCAAUUGCUUCCAUGGCGUCGGGCUCUACACUCUCCCUCUGCCGCUUGUCUCCGUGGUCGAAGACGGCGAGCAGAUCAUCCGAGUCGGGAGCAUGGAAUUGCUCCGCGGGCGCCCGGACCUUAUCGCGCGCGGGCUGUUCGGAUUCAACUUCUCCCGCUACGAGGGCAAGCGGGUUGUGACUAUAGAGGGCGAGCCGGCGCUCCCGUUUAUCGCGCGGUGGGCGGACAAGUACGUGGGGACGUUCCGCAGCGCGGGCGCGCGCUUUAACGCGGCGCUGGCGCACCGCACGGUGAAGGGGCUGGGGGAGAUCGACGGGAGCCAAGGCGCGUUCACGGUGCGGUCGAUUCCGCCGCGGAAAGACGCGCUCGUGAUGCAGAUUCAAGUGAACCGCGCCGCUCCCGCCGAGCGGGUGGUGGUGCCGUGGAUCGCGGAUUUCCCCCGAGGCGCGUUCAGCGACAGCCGCAGCUACUGGCUCGCCUUUUGCCGGAAAGCGGGGGAAGGGGAGGAAGUGGGGGGAAGCACCACGGAAGGUUCCGCCGCUGCUGACGGUGGUGGUGGUGGCGGUGGUGCCGCUAUUGAUGUUGAUGAUAUCAGUAUUGUUAGUGGAAACGCUAGUGGUGAUAAUAACGGGAGUGAUAGUAACGGGGGUGACAAGCUGGCGAAGGAAAAGGGACAGUUGGGUAUCAGCAAGGCAGGUGGGCUUAGAGGGUUCUCCGUAGCAGUAGGGCCAGCAGGGCCGAAGAAGCGAGUGCCUAUAGCGGAUGCGACUGUAGUGGGUAUGCUUGCGCCAAGGCGGGAUCUGGACCCACCACCGCUGAGAAGGGGGAUCUGUUUGCUGCUGCUGCCGGAUGAAACGGCGGUGGUGUGGCUCCACACGUUCAGCACCAAGGGAUUGGAUAUCUCUGCCACGGGGCUCACUCCCUCACAAUAUCUCUACGCUGAAUCAAUGAGGGCUUUAAGCCUUGCCACAAGGCGUGGCAAGCGCAUUGUGCUGGACGUGCGGGGGAACAGUGGAGGCAUUAUUCAGACUGCCUAUGGAGUGGUGAGGGCGUUAGCCGGGCCUGCUAAGACCCCUCCCGGGCAGCUGCAGAUGCCGCAGCAGCUGAUGAUCGGAAACGACUACACUGCGCGACUCAUUCAAAGUAGCAGUACUUUCUUUUAUAACGCGUCGAAUUACUGCAACGUGGCGGAGAGCGCUGGGUUGAAAGGACCGGCGGAUUUCGGGCCGUUUCAGGAGAUUCAGUACUCGGAGGACGGGCAGGCUGGAAAUUAUUCUGCCCGGGUGAAGCUGACGGAGAUGCUGACGCUGUACGACCAAUCGGAUGAUUUCAGCGGGCUGCCCAUGGUGGUGGUUUCUGAUGGAACCUGCUUCUCUGCCUGCGCAGUUUUAACUCACAUUUUAAAACGGAAAUUCAAUGUUCCCAUGGUGACUGUGGGGGGCCUCAAGAAUCGGCCAAUCGCAGUGAGCUCGUCGUGCCUAGGUGGCACGCUAGGGUCACUCGACUACGGGAUCUCGCUGCCACUUGCCGGCACGCCAUUGGCCGACGAUCCCCGGGCUACCAAGCCUUUUAAAAUGCAGGUCGACCUGGCGUUUGCCAUGCUGCAGGCAUACGGGUCUGAGAAAGCUGACAGUCAAGGAGUGGAUAGAGGAGCGUCUGCCAAUCAAGAAAUUCCGUGUGAAUUUGAUUUCUUGGAGGCGGAUGCGCACAUUGAUCUGACAAUGGAGAUGGUAGAGUUUCCCAAAGUGCUUUGGGCUGCCGCGGCUGCCCUGCUUCAAAAUGGAAUGAGAUGA